AUGGUCCGGCUUCUGGGAUUGGGCCGCUUACUCUCGGAGGAGUCCCCCCGGGAGAUCAGCGGCGGCAGAGAGGGAAUGGCCGGCGUUGGGGAGAGCGGCUGGCUCGUACGCUUCUUCGAUUCGGCCUUCUUCUGCGAGUGGAUAGCUGUGAGUUACCUCUACAAGCAUGGUCACCCGGGGGUGCGCGAUUACCUGUGCAACCGCAUGUACACCCUCCCCUUGACCGGCAUCGAGAGCUACCUUUUCCAGAUCUGCUACAUGCUCGUCCACAAGCCCAGCCCCUCCCUCGACAGGUUCGUCAUUGACGUGUGCUCCAGAUCCCUUAAGAUCGCUCUUAAGGUGCACUGGUUCCUCAUGGCUGAGCUCGAGGAUACGGAGGACAACGAAGGUAUCAGCCGGAUCCAGGAAAAAUGUCAGAUAGCAGCGACAUUAAUGGCCGACUGGCCUCCACUUUUGCAUCCGCAGUCGAGCACCGUGAACUCGCAUGCAAGCCCUGGGAGCGGUAAGGGCCACCCAGUGCUCGAUCGGAUACGCUCAUCUAAGCAGAAGCUUCUGUCCUUGGCCUCUUCUCCGUCGUUUGGUGGCAGCCCAUCGCAGGAAGACAAAGACAAAGAUAAUGACAAUGCCAGUAGCACUAGCACCGGUACUGGUAACGUCAGUGGUAAGUCCCCCUCUACCUCGGAGGAGAACAAGCUAUUUAAGAAGUUCAUUCCAGGACCAAAGGUUAGAGACGCCCUCUUGUUCAGAAAGUCUGUGGAAAAAGAGGAAGAGGACUCCGAUAAGGAUGGGUUCUUUCGAAGGCUUAUUGGGGAUAGUAAAGACAAGGACGAGGAUGAUUCAGAUAAAGAUGGGUUCUUUCGAAGGCUUAUUAGGGAUAGUAAAGACAAGGACGAGGAGGAAGACCCCAGUUCUAGCUCAGAUGGGUUCUUUAAAAGAUUGUUUCGCGACAAGGAGGAGAAGUCGGGAGAAGAAGAUGAAAAGGAGGGCUUCUUUAAGAGGCUUUUCAAGGAUAAGCAUGAAGAGAAGACGGAAGACGAUGAAAAGGGGAAUGGUGGAAAUGAUGAAGAUGAGAGUUCGGAUUUUCUCUCUUUCCGUAAGCUGUUCCGUGUGCAUCCCGAGGAGUCCAAGGUCGCUUCUCUGAAUGAUCAUGGUGGGACUGGUCUUUCACUUGAUAGCAGCCCGGGAACAGAGAAUUUCUUCAGGAGGCUAUUUUGGGAUCGGGAUCGUUCCUUGGAAGACUCAGAGCUACUUGGCUCAAGGAAAAACAAAGAGGUAUGCUUAAUCUGCAUACGAAACUAUUUUAUCAACUAGAGUUUUUUGUAGUAGUGCUUGUGUGUCUUCGAAUGUGUUUGUGGUUAUUGCUCUAGUUGUUGUCCAUUGAUAGGAACCCAGGUGUCUUCUGCUGUAAACCAGGCAAUCGGGGCUGUCAGGGGUCUAACAUCCAUCUGUUUGAAUGGUGCUCAUAACUUUGGUGCACUCUGCAGCACACUCCACUUGUUAAUAUCUGACUCUGGAAAUUUGCUGUCACUGCAUCAACCUGUAUGAAACCGUACGAGUGAGGAAAAUGGAUUCAGCGUCACAGCAUUACAAGAAAUUUAAUGACGGCUGACAGCUUUUACUCUCGACAAAUCACUAUUUCUGACAAAGAAUAUAGACAGCAUACAAAAACAUGCAGAUUGGGUGGCAGGAUGUAGAUUGAUCGGAGCUCCUGACCCCUUCACUUUAUGGGAACUUAUUGGAAAGAAAGAAUUAGAGAUCCCGAGAAAAUCUAAUGGACUUCUCAAUAUUGUUGGGACUGCUUCUUAUAGAAAGCUUUAAAAGAUUACAAUUAGGAUUGCUGCUAGGCUUUCGAUUGACUGGUCAAUUAUUGGAGACACUCGGAAAUUUUUGUGAACCUAUGGUACUGUAAUGGACCGAAUUACAUUUAAGACUCUCUAUCCCGUCCUUAUUUGUUAAGAUGAUGUGAAAUGUCGUCUUUAUAGGCCAUGACACUAUGAUAUUCAACUGUCUGUUUCUUUGUUUUGUUCUAUAGCCCGAGUAUUUCCGAUUAGCUACCUCAGUUGUUUCGAUCCAUCAGAGGUUAGGACGGUUGGUGCUAGCAGCCUAAAGUGUUAAUAGCACGACCCUGACUGUCAACUAUAGAUUGGUUAAAAUGGAAAACGUUUGGAUUGAAAGCCACAACACUAAUAUAUAAAGGUAACUUAUACGGUGUUAAUGAUCAAUGAAAUAUUUUUACUCAGCUUAUUUUUAUUUUUAUAUAUAAUUUAUGUAUUUACUUACUUACAUGACCAAUGUGCUCUUUAGAAAGAAAAAUUAGCUUUUGUGUCAUUGACAUAUAAUCCGUUGAUUUGAACUGUUCUUCACAAGUCAUGUCUAAGCUAUCCUCAUUAGGUUGUAGAACAAAGAAGAAGUACACAAAUCCUUUUAUGAUGGAAUUCAGAUGUUUAUAAUUUUUGGUAAAAAUAUGGAAACGCGAUCUCUGAUUCUAUGAUAAAAUAACAAAAUUUGAAGCAGAGACACUUGCUGGGACUAUCAAUGCCCAGUUGAGGAUUAUAAAUUAUUUUGUUAAAAGAAUUAUUGUUGUGUGGAAGAAAAUCAUCAUUCAGCCUCCAUGCAAGUUGAUCACGUCUAGUCCUAAGUUGAACCAUCUUCGGGUCUUUUUUUUAAGAAAAAAAAUUAAUUUAUGGAAGAAAUUGGAUUAAAGAUUUGAUACCAGGAUGUAAUUUUUGAAGAACUUGAAGCAUUGUUUCUCCUGCUAUCUUGAUUGUGGAAUCCAGACUUGCGUAACUUCACUCUGAAUUGGCUUGUUUCGAUCAGUGAACCAUGGCCAAUCUGACUUUGAAGGGGUAAAUUUCAGUCCAACCUUGGAAUUGAAACAGCAGGAAACUGGUGACACUAGGAUUGUCUAGUUAACUGCAGCUUCAGAACUUCUAGUCGCUACUAGAAGAAGGGGGAAGAGGUAUUCUUGUCGGUCGCUAGCAAAGGGCAAAGGACUUUAGAAGAGGGAAACUGAGGUCAGUGAAAAGAUAACGAAACAUGAAAAAUAGAUUCUUCCUGCAAUGACAACCACUGUUGAACUCCCAGUUUCUUUGCCCUGCAUGCCACAUCUACCUGGCCAUUGGAAAUUAAUGAGAAUAAUUCUUUUCCUACUUACUAAAACUUGAAGCGUUAAUGCCUGAUACUGAUCAGAUCGAUACCAGUUGAUCUAGGGAUCUGAUCUGUAAAACUGGUGGCAAAUGUGGCGAGCUACAUGUAUAUGUGGAAGUAAAAAAUUCAGAUAUAUCUUGUUUAGGUCAUUGAAAUGUAAACCUUUUUACCAGAUCAGUGAGGCUGUUACUACCAAAGAAACAGUGCGAAUCUAAAAUAUUCGAGAAACUCCCGUAUGUCUGUCUACUUUUCUGCAGUGAUGCAGUUGAAGAUGGCUGUCCUGCUGCGUCAGGAGUAUCAUAUGCCGUAUGUGAUCCUCUAUGGGUAGCAACAACAUGCAGGCAUCAUAACUGUCUCCGUGAUCAUCAAUGUCUAGGCUUCUUGGAUCCAGCUGUAUUUUGCUGGUGUAAAGUAACACUCUGUGCCAUGCUUUUCUUGAUGAAAUGCAGCCACAUUCUUCCUUUUUGAUGUGCUGAAUGUUGUUCAAUCGGCUUUAUAUUUCAAUUACCGUCCAAUUUUUAAUAUUAAACCGUAAAUUGUCUUCUGUUUUUUGAAUAAUUAAUUUUAUUAUUUGCGUCUUUGCAGAAGUGUCCUGGUUCACCAAAGCAACGAGAUGACAAAUCUCAUGCAAAGCCUCCAUUGCCUAACAUGACUUCUCAAAUUCGGAAGGGCACAUAUCAUGAUUCAUUGGAGUUUGUUCAGUCAUUGUGUGAUACAUCAUACAAUUUGGUGGAGAUAUUUCCUAUGGAGGAUAGGAAAAGUGCUCUUCGAGAGGUUGUAAGAAUGUCUUUUCUCAACUUCUUCAUUUUUAUCACUUGGAAUUAAGAUAUUUUAUUCCUCCGUUUUUCUAUGUUCUGAACUCAGUUUCGGUGAUGCUUUUAUUACCAGUCACUCAUGGAGAUCAAUUCAAGUAUCGCUGCUUCUCAGAACAGUGGAGGUAUGAUCUCUUUUCCUAAGAUUUUUUUUAUUUAUAUCUAUUUAUUUGUCCAUAUUUCUCAUGGUCUUGUAUUUGGUACACACAACUGUAUAGGUAUUUGCUUUCCAAUGGGGAAGGGAAUGUACCAGGUCAUUCAUAUUCCUGUAGACGAAGCUGUCCUGCUGAAUUCUAGAGACAAGGCUCCAUUCUUGAUAUGUGUUGAGGUUUUGAAAAGCGAAAUUCCAAGGUAUUUUUGACAUUUCUUAGCAAUCAAACGAGUGUCUGGUUGCAUGUUUUUUCUUUGGUACUUUUUUGAGGUGUUUUCGUACUCAUUCUAUUGAGUCCCAACAAUUUUGCUGCACAUUGUCUGAUUUUUAUGAAAUCUUAUCGAAAUGAAGAUUUAUGAGUAAAAUUUGCAAUGAUAAUGAUGCUGAUAGUUCUUACAUACUUACCAAGUCUUGAGAGUGCGGGUGCGAUUGGGCAAAUCAAUUGAGGGUCAUAUCUUUUUUUUAUUUUCGCCCAAUCUUGGAUCUGACCGUUUUAGGGUAAUUUGCUUGGGUUCAAUCCCCGCCUGAUUCUUGAAUUAAGGAAACCUUCUGUUGGGUAUUUCUGUUCAGAGCAUAACUGGCAGUAUGGUAAUUGGUUUCGACAUCUGUUUUUCUAAGCUCAUGCAUUUCUUCUUGGCUAUACCUGUAUUUCUAUCAUCAAGUCCAGACAGAGACAUUUAAUUUUAUAUCUGUUUUGAAAGUAUAUUUUCCAUUUUAUUAAUAAUAGUGCACUUAGACAAUUUUUUGCUGUUCUCUAGUCGCACAAAGGAGGCACCUGGCGCUCGUAAGGUCUCAAAAACUGGGAUUCCAUUAGCAAAUGGAGAUGCACAGCUACCAAAGCCUCCACCUUGGGCAUACCCGUUGUGGAACCCAGGCAACUUGCAUCAUCAUGGGGAAGAUAAAAUGUUGAGAUCCACGUCUGAGGCUAUUGAUCAAGCAAUGGCUCAUUUAUGGGAAGCUAAAGUCAAAUUUGUUCAUGUCACGCUUUCUGUUGAGAACGUAUCAGCUAAUUGCUCAAAGGGCAGUGAGCAACAAGAUUCAGGGCAUGAGGUGGAAGGUGCUAAUUUACAUUCUCUUUCUGAUUCUGUGGAGUAUUCAUCUUACUGUGAGUCAGAUGGAUGGGAUUUACCUCGAGUAUCUGGACCAAAGGUUAAUUGUGGUUUGGAACGGGUAAGAGUUGGCUUAUCGGCUGUGCCGGGGGUCAGUAUGGAAGAUGUAAGUGAUCAAGAGCCACCACGUCGGAAAGAACAUCGCCGUGUCCCAAGCACAGUUGCCAUAGAGGAAGUAAAGGUGGGCCUGUAAGUGGGAAAUGUACAUGUAUCAGUGUCCUAUUCAACAUGCUCCGUGGCUACAUUGUUGUUGAAAUUCAUACCUUGCACGAUUUCUGCCUAACAUAUUCAAAACAAAUAUGCUUUUUUCUUGUACAUCUCUUGAUGCUUUUAAAAUAUCUGAUCCAUGUCUGAUUUAUUUGAUGAUCACACUCACUAUAGAUUCUUAAGAUACUUAUAUGGCAACAUUCAGGUCAUCGAAUUUUAAAUAUUAUACUAUAAAUGACUGAAUAUCUCCUGAUUACCGUAUGCCUAGAGUUCAUAUUUAUAUGAAGUUUAUUGUCUUUUUGCCUUUUAUUCAUUGUCAUCUACUUAAUUCUAAAUUUGUGGUUUCCAAAUUCAUGUUGCUUGAUUUGAAGCACUAAAUUAGCUCCAUCUCUAGGAUUAUUAUAUUUGACUUGUAUCAACUAGUGCGAAACAACUCGAUAUUUCGCAGUUCCAAUUCCCUAUACUGGUUAGGGUUCAUUCGUCAAAUAGGUAAUUUAAAUGGUGUGUUUGGUCAGAGUGUCAGACAUGGACUCAUAGAAGGUGGAACUAGGUCUGUCAAGGCCUUUAAGAGUCAAAGACAAAUUGGUAUGAUCUGACGUCAUGCCUUAUAACUCUCAAGACUAUGCGAUGCAAAGUUGACCGCACCUUCCUUUUUUUUUCCUUUCCUUAUCCCCGACUUUCCGUUAUUAAUACUCGGCUCUCAUUUUUUUCAAAGAAGCACUGUUUAAUAUUUGUUUCCUUUUCGACAAUGAAUUAUUAUACCAUUUUAUUCAUUGUACCCAAGACCAGACAAUCGCGGUUUUGAUCAGAAUACGGAAAAGCUGAUAAUCCGUUGCAAUUGAAAAAUAAAAAAUAGGAAAGUGCCAUUGACCGUAAAUCACUUUUUUUUACUUGGAUUGACUCGAUCUUGACUUUAUCUGACCUUUUCAAAACUACUAGCGGAAGAAGAGGGAAGAGAGACAUGCCUGGCUUUGCUGUGAGAAGGAACAAGAGGAAUGUAGAGUGAGUAAACAGAAGAAAUGAUGACAAGGUCAACAAGAGAAAUUUGUGUCCCCUUCAACUCCGUCAUGCUUAGUUGGCUGUGCACUGCUACUCCCAGAGCUCUGCUCCACAAACUAUGGCAUGCAUGUUAUCCUUCCUGAUUAUUGGGAGUAAUAGGGCGGUGGUUCUUCAAGUUUUAGCGGGAGGGUGUUGUAAAAUGGUUGGUGAGGUAAGGGUUAGGAUGUCUGUUCAAACGCUCAAUAUUAAAUUUUACAACAUUAAAAUUGCUGCAACAUAUUUUUUUUUUUCUUUGGUAAAUCAGAUCAGGUUCUUCCACCUGACAGGUUGGUUAAGCUAAUUCAGUGGCCUUCUCCAAUUUAGCCCACCAUGAUUUUCUUUGUAAUUCCUGGAUGUGGUGAUGAUAUUUAUUCUUUCCAAGUGCUGUCCAUUUUUCUUUUAAAGGUCAACCUCUAUUCUACUUCCUUGUUUUUAUUUUUGCAGUUGUUUGGUCAGGUAUUUUUUACGUUUUUAAUAUUUCCUUUGUUAAUUUUGAAAUUCAAUCUUUUGUAGGCCGCUGCAGCAAAAGGGCAUGCACCUCCUGGCCUGCCAUUGAAAGGUGCUGGUCAGGAUUCGUCAGAUUCAGAACCAAAGGUUAUUUUUCUAGACAAUUUGUUUGCAUCACGUAGAAAAAGGGUGUAAAAAUGCCAUUUAGAUGUAUUUUCUGUCAGGUGUCAGACGGUGGAGGUUCUAAAGCCAUUGACGCUUUAGCUGGUGAACUUUGGGAGGUUAAGAAAGAAAGAAUCAGGAAAUCCUCGACUUAUGGAAAGUCAUCCGGUUGGGACUUGCGUUCAGUAAGUAAACUCCAUUCAAUGGAUUCUCUCGGUUUUAAAAUUGUACAAUUAUCAUAUUGGGAUUUCGAUGCUCAUGUUCUAUCAGUGGAGGGCCAUAAUUUAUGAUUAUUAUUAUUAUUAUUAUUAUUAUUAUUAUUAUUAUUAUUUAUUUUAAUUCUUCCAAUCUGCUUGGUUCCAUGUACAGAUGAUUGUGAAGAGUGGAGAUGAUUGCCGGCAGGAACAUUUGGCAGUGCAACUUGUUUCUCAUUUCUAUGGUAGGAAUUAUUUUUUUCCUCACUUCUGUGCUCUAUUUUCAACAUGAAUCUCCAAUUAUGAUUCCUUAUUUUAUUUAUUUUCACCCUUUUCUUUUAUGUUGACUGAAAAAAAAAAAUCAUCUGGGCAAUAACAGAUAUAUUUCAAGAGACUGGCUUACCACUCUGGUUGCGUCCCUAUGAAGUCUUGGUCACCUCUUCUUAUACUGCACUUAUUGAGACUAUUUCAGAUACGGUAACUUGCAGUGCCUUCAAACGAUUGGCUUCUUUGAAUUAAAAAUAUUCUUAGCAACAUUGCCUGAAUAACCUCUUUGCAGGCCUCGCUUCAUUCUAUCAAGAGUAGGUUCCCAAACAUUACAAGUCUGCUUGAUUUUUUCAUUGCCAAGUAUGGAGAAAAUUCCCCAGCCUUUAAGCUUGCUCAGGUAUAUUUCAGGGAUCCAAACUCUGAUGAGCCAUUUUAAUAUUCCAGCUUCAGAUGCUUCAGACUUGUCUUUUGCACCUUUCACCCAAUUAGGACCCAUAAUACUUACUAUUCCCAGAAAUCUUUUUCAUUGAUUAGUGUUGCCAGAAACUGCAAUACUAAUCUGGGCAUUACUUCUCCAAUGGAAUUUUUAUAUGUCAGUAUUGUUGGCUGGAGUAAUAUGGUGCUCGAUCAUGGCUUCGUGACGCCUGUUUGGGCUACUACUUGCCAAUUCUUGACGUUGUAUCUUCCAUUUUCAAGUGGGAAGCUAUUUCUUUGCUUUUUUUCUAUGAGGAUGUAUGAAUCACCCAUUUUGAUCUAUAGACAUGAUGCAUUCUUCGUGAUGCCUCUUUGGGCAAGUAGUUUUGCAACUUCAUCAAAUCACUGGAUCUAGCCUGCCCGAAGUUGUGUAGGCUUGAGAUUGGCAGGUGCUUCUGUUUAUAAUUUGCCAAUAGGGAUUUUUCAUGGGUAUCGAUUAAUUCAUAUGAAUACGGUUUAUUUCCCUCGAUUUAAAUAAAAUAAUUAUUGGAUAUCUACAUUAUCUGUGUUCUUCAUGAGAGAUGAGAAAGAGGCUGUAGGUCAUGCUCUGUAAAUGAUCCCUGCAUUGCCAAUUAUAGUCAGUUCAAGAAAUAUCAUAAUUUGGAAGGAGAAUUUAUCAGCUCAGUUUUAAUUUGUGUUAAUUCUUUUUUCAGAGAAACUUUGUGGAGAGCAUGGCAGGAUACUCCAUAUUGUGCUAUCUCUUACAGGUUCCCCAUUUUUCUUCAUAUUUAUUUGCUCUGCGGCCUUCCAUAAAUAGCACUCCACUCAUCUGGCCUUUCAUUCUUCUUCCAUGCGUCUGUAGCUACCUCUCUCUCUCUCUCUCGAUCUCUCUCUCUCUCUCCUCCAACCCCCCCUUCCUCCCCCGCAUAGGGUAAUGAUGUUAGUACAUAUUAACCAAUCAUUAGUGCUUAGCUAGCCCAGCACUAGUCCCAUUGGUCCCUUCCCUUUCUCUGGGACUGAUGCUAUUACUGUUGUUCAGGUGAAGGAUAGGCACAACGGAAAUCUCCUGCUGGAUGAAGAAGGGCAUAUCAUCCAUAUCGACUUCGGUUUCAUGCUGUCGAACUCGCCCGGCGGCGUAAAUUUUGAGAGUGCUCCAUUUAAGCUGACUCGAGAACUCCUUGAAGUCAGGGGGCCUUCCACUCAAUCCAUUUAAUCAGUUGAUGCUUCUACUGCAGACUCAUAAACUAAUAUAUUGGAUCAUUCUAUCUUAGGUCAUGGAUUCUGAUGCAGAGGGUAACCCGAGUGAGUUCUUCGACUAUUUCAAGGUAUCAUCCCCGCCCGCACUGGGUUUUUUCACUUCCCUUCCACCAAUUCCUUGUAACCCUCUCUCUCUCUCUCUCUCUCUCUCUCUCUCUCUCUCUCUCUCUCUAUGUCCUCAGGUGCUGUGCAUACAAGGCUUUCUGACAUGUCGUAAGCAUGCAGAACGCAUCAUCCUUCUUGUGGAGAUGUUCCAGGUAUCACAUGCAGAACAAGUCUCUCUCUCUCCCUCGCUCUCUCUCUCUCGCUCUCUUUCUCUCUCUCUCUAGUGAGUUAUAUAUAUAUAUAUAUAUAGAUAAAUAUAUUGUUUGCGCCAGAUUUUGAUUUCUUGUUUAAUUUUUUUGAAUUAUCUACUAGGAUUCUGGGUUCCCCUGUUUCAAGGGGGGGGGCCGGACGAUCCAGAACCUGAGGAAGCGUUUCCACCUGGGCCUAACAGAGGAGGUUCAACCUGCAACUCCCUCACUUCUCUCUCCUGUGUUCUUCCCUCCUCCACGGAGAUCUUGACCUCCGUCCCCUCGUGAUUUCGAGCAGCAAUGCGUGUCCUUGGUCCUCUCCCUCAUCAGCAGCAGCUUGGACGCAUGGCGGACCCGGCAGUACGACUACUACCAGCGAGUUCUCAACGGGAUCCUAUGA